AUGCUUACAAAAUUAGUAGAAGGUAUCGAAAAACAGAUUGAAAAUGAGGCCAAAUGCCAACGUGAAUCUGAAUAUAGAAAUCAGCUUCCAUCUGUUGGUCUACCUACUAUUCAUAGUACUUUUUUUUCCCAAAUCAAUGAAAUUUUAAAAAAACAUUUGACAUUUGAAGCACUUGCUUGUCAAAGACUUCAGAUUAGUCAAUCUUGUCUCUACCACCCAUAUAAAAUUAACAAUUUAACCUUUAACCAAAAUGAUAACUUAGAAUAUACCGCUGGAUUUCUCGAGAAUGAUUAUCAGGAAGGCCGCAUUCUACUCUCAUCAAUGCUUAAAUUAGUUAAAACUCAAAAUAUUGGUGAAAUUUGGCAAAUUAGAUUAUUUAGUAAUCUAGCUCCUUAUAGUGAACAUUAUAUUAUAGUUCUAUAUGAUGGAACUCAUUUAUGUUCUUAUAUACAGGAGAUACAAAAUGAUGAAUCAAGUAGUGGCUUUGCUAUAAUUGAACAGAUUAGAGGACCAGACUGUGUCCAAGUUGCACUGGAUAGUGAUACUAUAAAUGAGUUUAUUGGUCUAAUGUACACCUUUAUUGAAUCAAAAUCUAUUCAAGUUGACAACUCAUUAAGAUCGGAUAUUAUUGGAUUAAUAACAAAUCCUCAUGUUAUUUCACAUCGUGGUCGACCAAAGAAGCAGUUACAUGACUCUUUAGAAGUUAUUAACAAAUCGAAUUCUCAUCAAAUUCUUAAAUCUAAUAAAGUACUUAAUGAAUCUGAUAUUACAAACAAAUCAAUGCGCAAAUGUUUCUAUUGUAAUAAUACAG